AGGAUAGAAAUCUAUCUGUUGGUUAAUCAUGGUAUAAAAAUCAAAGAUUCUGAUGUAAAGUUCAUAUGCUCUACUGCAGAACAGUAGUUACCUUGUAAGUUAGCGGUGAUUAACCAGGAAAAGAGCUGCACCCUCUUUACCUUGACUCGUAGUAAUAAGUCACUGACCUGCAUGUUAGGUUCAUAGCACAGGAUUCUUCUAGCUUCUCAGCCGUCGCGUUGGAACUACUCAUUUUUUUAGUUGUAGGAAUUCAUCAUGGUUGUCACCAGAUCAAUGUCUGGAACAUCUAAGACAACUGAUACCAAUGCCAAGAUUUCUGUGAAUCACAAAUCUGCCACCAAGAAAACUGAUACCAAUACCAAGAUUUCUGUGAAUCACAAAGCUGCUAAGAGACCAAGCAAAAGAGCAAAGUCUCAAAGGACUGAGAAAGUUGAUGGGUUUUAUGGGAAGACCUGCGUAGUUAAGGACGGCUGGCCAUUGGACUUGGAUGCUUUUACCAUAUUCAUGAGAAAUGACUAUCUGAAAAAAUAUUAUCAGAAUCGUCCACCACCAACCUAUGGAAUAACACCAUUUGAGGUCUCUUGUGCUGGACAAUUAGAAUGGAGAGGCAUGAGUGCUAAAGACAAAGCUCCGUUUCGAAAACUGGCCAGGGAAAUGAGGGCUGAAGGACGUAGCUUUUUCAGUUUUUAGGCUGUAGCCUAAAUUGAUGCCAGCAUCAGAGGAAUCCUGAAACAAAGUUGCUACCUCAGAAGGCUUAAGUUUCAUGCUGCAGACAAUGAUUUGCAUUUUCUAUUUUUAUUUUCACAUUAGGACUAGUUAGUAAUUUUCAUUUCUGUUGGAUGCUCGGAGCCUUAAACCAUCUAAUGUAAUUGAUGGGUACUUAUUAGGAUUGCAACCUUUUUUUAAUAUUCAGAUGUUUGCAUUCU